UGUGUGUGUGUUAGGUGUGUAUUCUGUCUCAUCGCUCUCUCCUCUCUCUCUGUCUCACUACCAGAUUUUCUGACUGAGGCGAUGAAGGCACCCGCGUGUGAGCAGGCUCGUUUGUCCAUGGAGCUGCAGAGGGACAGUCACAUUAAACAGCAACGGUUAAUCCAAGAGCGCUGGAAGAGAGAAGCUCGGCGAGAGGCGGUUAAGACACGACUUGGUCUAGUGCAGGCCACCGGGCCAGGGUUCUUGAAAUCUCCGUCCACGGGCAGCAGCCGGCCCUGUGCCUCUCCAGGCGCCUCGGCUGCAGAGCUUGGAAGCGUUGGGCAGAGGGAGUAUGACACCUUACUGUACCAGCUUCAGACUCGGCAGACUGGAGGAACACAGAUUCUAACUCCAGUGUGUUCGGGGUCUAAGACCACCAAAGAUGACAAAACGCGCCUGGAAGAACAACAGACGACCAUUGAGAACUUGCGACUCCUGGUCGACGGCCUGACGAACGAAAACCAGCAGCUGAGAGCCGAGAACGAGCGGCUACGACUGGAAAACAUGAGGCUGCACUCGGAGGCGGCCGACUUCGUGGAGCGCUCCGAGCUCUGGGUGCUCCCACAAGCAGGUGGUCCUAUGGGAAGCGGAGUCGGACAGGGAGGGGAGAGCAAAAGGAAGGGGAAGGAGAUCGCAAUCCCUCAGCUGCCACCGUUGGAAAUGCCAGCUCAGGAAGACCUGUGUCUGGAUGACCUGCCUCCUCUGGAGCUGCCAGAGGACAUCCAGAAUGAACUGCAGGAGCUACUAGACAGGGAUAAGCUGUAAUAAAACACAUCACACACACACAUACACACACACACACGUGGUUCAACCAAUGCGACUUUGAGUUCAGAUGCCAAAAUGUUAUACAGUGAAAGCCCACGAGGCCUCUGCUCAGGUGGAAUCACACUACAGAACGUCAGACACUCGUCAGUCUUUAUGCAACUGGAGCAACAAACGAGAACAUCAGAGAGGAAGUGAUAACGCUACUAUCACUGAUGCAAGGCAGUCCAAGUCACAGGAAACGUUCACUAACCUGUGAGAAGAGCAGUGAGGCUGCAUGACUUACACUGAGAGCAGGAAUACGGUCAAGAUUCAAGGUUUUACCAAAACUUUCACUCAUGUCUCUUCUACUGGAUCAUCACAUGACCCAGGUCUCAUACAGCAUCCAAUGACAGCUUAGUUCUGUCAACAGCAGAUCAGCUGAUAGUGUUUCCCACAGAUUUAGACUUUAUUUAAGGUGUUGUGCAAGUGUGUGCAUUAUUAUGAAAGG